CCCGAGACGCCGGAGUCCAACCACAAUUCCCGAGAGGCUGCAGGCGCCAAUCGCAAGCAACCCGGAAGGUUAGCUGGAACGGCCGUGGGCGUGUCUUCCGGAAGACCAGCCAUUGGCAGCGCGCGAAGGGAGUGACGUGAUACGUGACUUCCAGUAGCGGAAGGCGGGAGGUGCGUUGAACGCAUGCGUCCUGUGGCAGCCUAGAUAAAAGGGGCUGCUGGCGGGCCGCGUCGAAGACAUGGAGCAAGGCUACGGAGGCUACGGGGCGUGGAGUUCAGGGCCUGCCAGCAACCAGGGUGCAUAUGGAAGUGGGGCGACCAGCUGGGGGUCUGCAGGUUACGACAACUACAGUUAUUACGGGGCCCAGGGCGCCGGCGUCACCUCGGGAUCAUCCUACAACUACGGCCCAGGCUCGUCCUGGGAGGCCUCCAAGGGCCACGAUGGGGGCCCUGCCAUGCACAUGUCCUCCUCUUUCGGGCCAGAGCCGUGCGACAGUUCUGACUCCCUCAUUGCCAAGAUCAACCAGCGUCUGAACAUGAUGUCCAAGGAAGGAGGCAGGGGCGGGAACAGCGGCGGGGAGGGCAUGCAGGACCGGGAGAGCAACUUCCGCUUCCAGCAGUUCGAGUCCUAUGACUCCCGGCCAUGCCUGCCGGAACACAACACCUAUCGGCCUAGCUACGGCUACGACUACGACUACGACCCGGGGGCCGAGCGCAACGGCAGCUUUGGCGGGCAGUACAGUGACUGCCGGGACCCAGGCCGUGAGCGCGGCUCCCUCGACGGCUUCGCACGCGGUCGGGGCCACGGCCACGGCCGCUUCCCAGACCGAGGCAACUCAGGCGCCUUCGGACGCGGUGACCCCUUCCUGCCUCCCUCAGGCUCCUCCGAGCCCCUGUCCGGUUCCUGGAAUGAGCUGAACUAUGGGGGGGGCCGGGGCCCCGGCGGCCCCUCAGGCAAUAGGCCACCGCCUUCCCUCUUCUCGCAGCCUGACUACGGUGGGAUGGGCAUGCAGGGGCCAGGCGGCUAUGACAACUCCAUGCCCUAUGGGUGCGGCCGCGCCCAGGGGCGCAUGCGGGACUGGCCCAGGAGGCGGGGCUUCGACCGCUUUGGCCCAGACGGCAUGGGCAGGAAACGCAGGCCGUUUCCCCCGUACGAGGAGCCAGACACCAAGGUUGCCCGGGCUGACAGUGAAGGGGACUUAUCUGAGAACGAGGAUGGAGCUGGUGACUUCCGGUCAGGAGAUGAAGAAUUCAGAGGCGAGGACGAAUUCUGUGACUUCGGGAAGCAAAGAGGAGAGAGGGACGACGAGGAUGAGGAAGUGAAGAAGAGACGAGAGAAGCAAAGGAGGAGAGACAGGUUGCGGGACCGGGCGGCUUCCAGGAUCCAGUUUGCCUGUUCGGUGUGCAAGUUCCGCAGCUUCGAGGAUGCAGAAAUCCAAAAGCACCUGCAGAGCAAAUUCCACAAAGAGACGCUGCGCUUCAUCGGCACCAAGCUGCCGGACAAGACGGUGGAGUUCCUGCAGGAAUAUAUCAUAAACAGGAACAAGAAAAUCGAGAAGCGGCGGCAGGAGCUGAUGGAGAAGGAGAGCGCCAAACCCAAACCUGACCCUUUCAAGGGGAUUGGCCAGGAGCACUUCUUCAAGAGGAUCGAGGCUGCGCAUUGCCAGGCCUGCGACAUGCUGAUACCCGCGCGGCCCCAGCUCCUGCAGCGGCACCUGCACUCCGUGGACCACAACCACAACCGCCGGCUGGCCGCGGAGCAGUUCAAGAAGACAAGUCUCCAUGUGGCCAAGAGUGUUCUGAACAACCGACACAUAGUGAAGAUGCUGGAGAAGUACCUCAAGGGCGAGGACCCUUUCACCAGCGAAGCUGUUGAUCCUGAAAUGGAGGGAGACGACAACCUGGAAGGUGAGGACAAGGAAGAGAGCCCGGAGGAGGUGGCUGCCGAGGUCUUGGCCGAGGUGAUAACCGCCGCCGUGCGGGCCGUGGAUGGGGACGAAGCGCCUGAUGCCGGGGAAGCUCCAGCUGCCGGGGAAGGCCCAGCCGACUCAGCAGAGGCCCCCAGUGACCCACAGCUGGAGGAGCAGACGUCCUGCGGGUCGGCAGCUGAGAUGGGGACCGACCACGGCGAGGCCACAAGUGAGGGGAUGACCCUGGAGGCUGACAGCGCUCCCGCCCCAGAAGCCCAAGAGGCACAAACUGAUACAUCGUGUAAAGCCGAGGCCCCCGCAGAGUGAUGGGCGGGCGUGCGGGCGGCAGCACACAGGGGGACCCGCCGGCGCCCACACUGCGGCCGCAGUUGUAAUAAAAGUCGGGUGAUUAGA